UGUCUACCCUCUUGACUAGUAUUUAAGUUGACCGUAUCACUUUUCCUACAUCAUUCCCUUCUCAUCUUUUAACGAGAACAAGCAAACAAAAAAAAUAAAAAUGUUCAAGCAGAUCAUUUUCACCGCCCUCGUCGCAGUAGUGGUCGCUAAGCCCGGAAUCCACUCAGUCGCGUAUUCUGCACCAUACGUAGCUGCUCCAGCUGUAUACUCCGCUCCUCUGACUGCGGCGUACACAGCCCCUGUUGCUGCUGCAUACACAGCCCCAGUUGCCGCUGCAUACACAGCGCCUGUUGCGGCAGCUUACACAGCGCCUGUUGCCGCUGCAUAUACAGCACCUUUCGCCGCUGCUUACUCAGCCCCAGUUGCCGCCGCAUAUACUUCUCCUAUUCUCCCCGCGGCUUACAGAGCCCCAGUUUUACUUAAACACGCAAGUCCUGAUCGCGCACGUCCUUGUGAUACGUACGCAAGCACCGAAACGAUGCCAACACUGGGGUCACCACUGACCCUUAUAUAUUGUCGGGAUGCAUCACUAUUGUCAGUGUUCAACGGACAAUCAAAACAUACUAUCAAAAUGUUCAAGUUUUUGAUCUUCUUCGCUCUCCUGGCUUUCGCCGUGGCGAAACCCUUGGUGUACACAGCUCCCAUCGCAGCGGCAUACAGUGCGUACACCGCGCCAGUGGCCGCUGCGUACACUUCUCCAGUCGCUUACUCCGCGUACAGCGCUUACUCGCCCGUCGCUUACUCCGCCUACACUUACGCGUCCCCGUACUCUUACUACCUAUAACGUGAAUCUGGAUACGAAUACCUGGUACAAAAUGCUAUUGAAUGUCAUAAUUUAAAAAGGAUAUGAUGUGUAUUUAUUAUUUAUAAUGCCUCAUUAAAAUCGAUUGUAAAAAAAAA